GUCAGUUUGACGGUAACUUUCUUGCUGCUCUUGGUUGGAUUCUCUUGACUGAAGAGCAGAUGACAUGCAGGAUAAAGACAAGUCUACAUCAAUCUAAGCAUCUGGGGCCCUUAGCCAGGCAGAGCUCAAGAUCACCAUCUACUGGCAAAAACGACAACAUCUGUAGAAGUUCUGGUGGAUUACAUGUGCCAUCUUCUUGUACUCCCCCCCUGCAUUUGUUGAGGGAACCAUAAAUUUUUCACUGCUUUUUUUGCCAAUAGUCAGAAUGACUUUGUAGCUACUGAUUGCAUACAAAGAAAAAGAAAAAUAACAUCCAGCAUGGAGGCAUCAAGUUAUGCUUAUGCAGGGACCCCUCCUGCAUCAACAAUAAUCUCCACCUCCCCUACUUCUUCAUCUUUCGAAUUCCUGCAGAUUUUUAGGGAGUACCACAACAAAGCUGUCAUUGUGGAACAUUACAACUACACCGGCAAGCUGCAGAAAGACCGCUACCGUGAAGGGCUGCCACCCGAGCGCAUUGCAUUCCUGGUGGUGUGCCUCCUCAUCAUCCUGGAGAACACUGUGGUUCUCAUUGCCAUAUGGAGGAACAAGAAGUUCCACCUACCCAUGUUUUACUUGCUGGGAAAUCUAACUUUGUCAGACCUGUUGGCAGGGAUAACCUACAUGGCCAAUAUCCUCAUGUCAGGACACAAUACUUUAAAAUUGACACCGUUGCAGUGGUUUUUCAGAGAGGGAGGGGUCUUCAUCACCCUGGCUGCUUCUGUCAUCAGUCUGUUAGCCAUUGCAAUUGAACGGCAUGUUACUAUGGUGACAAUGCGACCAUAUCAUGGGACAAAGCGGGGGCGGAUGAUGGCACUCAUCAUUGCAAGCUGGGCCCUGGCAGGGUUUUUAGGGAUCCUCCCAAUUUUGGGAUGGAACUGCAUCCACAAACUGGACCAGUGCUCGACAGUGCUCCCACUUUAUGCCAAAAGCUACAUUCUCUUCUGUGUGUCUGUGUUUAGUGCAGUGCUAUUGGCCAUUGUUGUCCUUUAUGCCCGGGUUUUCCGCAUUGUCCGCAUCAACACGCAACGCCAGCGGCUGGGUCUGUCAGGCAGCAUGAGGAAGGGCUUAGCAAGAAAGUCACAGAAGUACAUCGCCCUCCUCAAGACAGUGACCAUUGUGCUUGGGGUCUUCAUUGCUUGUUGGCUGCCUCUUUUCAUACUCCUUCUCUUGGACUUUUUCUGCCCUGCCCAAAACUGCCCACUGCUCCACAAGGCUGAUUACUUCCUAGUACUAGCAAUAAUCAACUCACUACUCAAUCCGAUCAUCUAUACUCUGACCAGUAAGGACAUUAGGAGAGCCAUUCUGAGGCUGCUGUGUCGGCCGUGUCUGAUGACCAAAGAUGGACAGGUGAAGAAGAUUGGGAUGUCAUUCCUGGAGUGCAGUUUCAGUAAAAGUGAGGUGGCCUCCCAGAAGUUAGAGCCUGGAUUGGAGACAACCAUUUCUUCAGGGAACGCCAUCACCACUUCAUCUCCAAUUAAAGCUCUUUACCCCAAACUCUUCAAGUCAUAAAGACUUAAACUCUUGUACAUAAAGUUCAAAAGACUGUGAAAAGGUUCCCCACUGAACACAGAAUAUGUAGCACAUCUACAGAAAUGAAGCAACUGUGGCACUGCUGAAUAUAGUGCAAAUCCAGAAAAAAUAAAAAGUAUUGCAUUAACAAAUUUCUCUGUGACAUCUUUACAAUGUCAAAGACCAUAAAGAUGCCACUCAAAUGUACAUGCAAACAAACAAACUUGUUUUUAUAAAUAAGAUGCUAGUGAUAAGUCUCUGUACCAAAUAUGCACUGAAAGGAUGCUUCUAUAAAUUCAUCAUUCUCUUCCAGACUUUGCAAGAUAAUGGAGAAAAGGACAUGACUUACUGCUACCAUUUUUGGCCGUUACUUAAUGAAGAGCUUUAUAUAAAGAAUGUGUGACCUGUGCAUCUGCAGACAUCUGGAUUUCGCUGGUUCGAAGGCCCGCAAUGCACUAGAUUUGUUCAGAUAAAAUAAUCUAGAUUACCCCUACACAUCUGCCGACAUGAUGCAUUUACUGAUUCACUGGAAGGCAGAUAACAGGACUCAGUGAACAAUGUUGUGGUAUUGUUGUGGGAGGGAUGUCGCAAAAUGAAUGCUGUUUUUAAAUGACAGAUGGCCAACCUAUCUUGUGUGGAUUCCAAGUUUUGAAAUGUCAGUCUGGAAUCUGCAGUAAAACCACAACAGCAAACAGACCAUCAAAAUGUCAGCAUACUUUAGAUGUGACAAAUGGGCAGAUGUAGCAUAAACAUGUUCUUUUGGUUGUUACAUGCUGGUUCUUUUAACUAU